CGGGAACUCUGUGCAGUUUUCACGCCGGCAACAGGCGUGGUGGCACGAGAGACAUUCGCCAUGAAGCAGCUCACUUUGCAUUGCCAGUUCUGGGCCAGUCCAGGCUCGCAGAUAAGCACUGAAACCCCUGCCAGACAAAAAAAUGUUGCGCCAAUGCCAAGCCCCUCGAGUUCGUCCUCCAACGGCUCAAAGCACGUUUCUGUUUUGAGACACGCGAGGUGGAAGGUGGCUUGCAGGUGCAGGAGGGAGAUGAGAGCUUCAUCCCAUCUCUCGGUUCACACAACGCCACGGAGUACCCGAGUCGAGAAAACUCUGAGAUUCAAGGGGCUCGAAUCAGGAACCGUGCGACUUCGUACAGCAUGGGCAGCCAGGAACACCGUCAGCACCAGCGGGGUUUCUAGCAGGGCUCUGCAGACGCGCCGGUCCACGAAACCGUUAGCGCUCCUUUUAGUGCCGUGCAGCUUUCCACAGGCGCGUCGAGCGGGGCCAUUGCAUCAUCGUGUCGCGAUCAAUGGAAGCCCCCCUGUCACCCCGCAAUACCCCGCGACGAGACCGGUCGAGAAUUGGGUGUCAAGCUCAACAAAACUCCCGAGAUCCGUUGUCCGGUCAUUGGCCUCCCACAGCUUAUUCUUGCAGAUACCGAAAGCAAUGAGCCCAAGGGCGAUUGUAUUGGCAACACAAACGAAUUGUUACUGAUCAAAAUACAGCCAGAAAUUUUGUUGAAUGUAUCAAACGCAUUUGCAAGCUUGAUUACAUAUCCGGACGUAUGGCCGUCGAUCUAUUUACCGAAAUCCACAUGACUUCCUUUAGCUACCCCCGUGAUCCAUCACCUACCUAUAGUAACAUCUCGGCUACUUCGCGAGCUCCUUUAUGACCCAGAACAGAAGGACCUAAAAAAGGAAAGCAAGGAAAAGAAGGGGAAGAUGGCGGGGGUGGGGCAAGGCAAGAAGUUGAGGGGGUUCAAGGCACUCAUACUGAGGCUUAGGGAGACAACAGGUUGCCGUUUUAUCUUUGCCGCCGGUUUGAAGAACGAAGUUACGAAGAGGGUGAGACUCAUGAUAUAAACCAAGAAAACGGGAUUAGAUGCCAGCAAGACUUUU